GCGAAACUGCCUAUACACUCUCUUUCGUCUCUUGGCUCCCCUACACACUUAGAAAUGGGAGAUAUCGAAGAUACUUGCGCCUCCUUGCGCGCCCAGAUCGCCGCCACCGAAGCACAGCUGGCCGGGUUGAAACGCGAACUCGAGAGCGCAGAGCAAGCGGCUAUUAAAGCCAGGGCGCAGGACGCUCCAAAUCCUACCGCUACGACUAGCACCCAAGGCAGUGAAACGAGAAGGUGGCCGCUGCUGGACGAGGAAUAUCGCCGUUAUGGAAGGCAGAUGAUCGUGCCGCAGGUGGGGUUGCAAGGCCAACUGAAACUUCGAUCUGCAAAGGUUUUAAUUGUCGGAGCGGGCGGCUUGGGAUGCCCGGCUGCGCAGUAUCUCGCCGGAGCCGGGGUGGGCACACUGGGACUCGUGGAUGGGGAUACGGUGGAAUCUUCGAACCUUCAUCGGCAGGUGUUACAUCGGAGCAAGAAUGUGGGAAAGUUCAAGGUCGAUAGUGCGAUCGAGUCGUUGCGAGAUUUGAACCCUCACCCGACGUACAUAGCGCAUCGAGCGCAUCUAGCGCCUCAAGAUGCGGCGGAUAUUUUCAAGAACUACGAUCUCAUCCUCGAUUGUACGGAUAACCCGGCCACGCGUUAUCUGAUCUCGGAUACGGCUGUUCUGCUUGGGAAGCCUUUGGUUUCGGCUUCUGCUCUGCGGACGGAAGGGCAGCUUAUGGUGCUGAAUAGCCCUCCCCGACCGGUAGGAGAAAAGACUGGGGGUCCAUGCUAUCGCUGUGUCUUUCCUCGGCCGCCUCCGGCGAAUAGUAUCAUGAGCUGUGCGGAUGGUGGCAUUCUUGGGCCGGUUGUCGGUACAAUGGGUGUACUGCAGGCAUUGGAGGCGAUCAAGGUGAUUACGGCUGCCGAUGAGGAAGUCAAGCCUCCAUCGCUGCAUAUCUUUUCGGCCUAUUCUUCCCCGCUGUUCCGAACCAUCAAACUGCGUUCGCGCCGUCCUAAUUGUGCGGUAUGCUCUGCUGAGGCUAGCGUGACGUUGGAAACCGUCAAGUCAGGGUCUACCGAUUAUGUUUUCUUCUGUGGAAGUGUCAGCCCAGAGAAGCUGUUGCUCCCGGAAGAGCGCAUCUCGCCGCUGGAAUAUCGGACGAAGUAUCCGGUGACAGCUUCCAGCGAGGCUAUUGGAACGGUCAGCAAGGAACCCACAAUCAUCGAUGUUCGAGAGAAGGUCCAAUUCGACAUCUGCAGCUUGGAAAACAGUAUAAAUAUCCCCAUUUCGUCGAUCCUGUCGUCGACGACGAAAACUGCCCGGAACGACGAAGUAGCCAAUGGAUCGAAUCCACUACCCCCCUGGCUGCCAGCAGAUAUCGCCUCGCCGGAUUCUAUCGAUCCGAUUUAUGUUGUGUGUCGACUCGGAAACGACUCCCAGAUCGCAGUCAAACAACUGAAGGAACUGGGCCUGGACCGCGGAGGCGAAAGAGUCGUGGCGGAUAUUCGGGGUGGAUUGCGCGCCUGGCGCGAACAGGUUGACCCCGAGUGGCCAGAAUAUUAACAAGAUAACCAUAUAUGUACAUAGCCAGCCAAACCACAAAAAAUCGCAAAUCGCAACCCAUUCAUAUCAUAAACCUCAUGAAGAAGACUCAUCUCACAGAAACAGGCGCCUGCUCCAACCAAGCCCAGUCAACGCUCACCCGCCCCAAAUCCAAAUCCGCCAACUUCUUGAAAACUCCCCGGCUAACAUCCAGAUCCUUCACGGCACAUCCCGUACACCGAUCUACAACCGUAACAUCAACACUUGCCUCCCCCCUCUUCAACCGCACCUUCAUCCCACAAAGCGGAUUUGCAUUCGGAUUCGACCCCGUCGACGCAGCAUCAAAGAGAACUUGCGAUACCGCGCAGACCAUGUCCGAAUUGGAACUAGUUAUUCCGCAUGAGCCCAGCGCCGGGUCGUAGUAUGUUAGGUCGCCUGUGUAGGGGCCUCCGUUGGUUGUGGGGAGGGGGAGGUUUUGUUUCCUUUUUGAGGAGUGGUUAGAACUUAUGAAUGGUUUGCGACUAUGGAGUUAGGUAGGACAGAAGACUUACGAAUGCCGGGUUAGACCGACUGCGAGGCCGAUUAUAAGGGCGAGUAGGAGUAUGGCGAUUGCGAUUGAGAUGAGGAAUAUGCGUUUUUUCUUUUUGGGGAGCUGGG